AUGACUGCCGUCGAGACUCUCGUCCAGCCUGAUAUUCAAUAUCAUCCCGACUGGGACAAAUACCAGGCCCGAACUGCCCGACGCAAGGCUACGGAAACCCUCCCCCAGACCGUACCCGACGACUUUCCCGCGGAACUGGUCUCCAACCUCGUCUGGGAAGGCAAGGAUGUUGAGUCUCGCGAUGACUGGGUGGUGCGUUUGACGGAGACCGAGCUGGAUGAGAUCGAUGGUGCCCUGCAGAGUUUCAAGGCGCGCAAUCUUCCCUGGGGAGUGAUCGAUCAAUCCACGUUCCCCCUGCCGACGCUGCACGAUCGCCUCCGCCAGCAAUCGCGGGAACUGCACCUAGGCCGGGGAUUCUUCGUCCUGCGCGGCCUGCGCAUCGACCACUACUCACGGGAAGAUAACAUCAUCAUCUACGCCGGGGUAUCAGCACACGUCGGCAACAUCCGAGGACGGCAGGAGGACCAGCGCUUCUCCACCGGCACGUCACUCGUACUCUCGCAUAUCAAGGACAUCACGCGCACCACCCCGACCGGCACCAUCGGCGCGCCCUCCAACACAGCCGACAAGCAGGUCUUCCACACGGACGCCGGGGACAUCGUCUCCCUGCUGUGCCUCCACCCAGCGGCAUCUGGCGGCGAAAGCAAGAUCGCCAGCAGUUGGCUGGUGUAUAACAUUCUCGCGCGCGAGCGGCCGGAUCUGAUCCACACCCUUUCGCAGGACUGGGUGGUAGAUGGCUUCAACAACCCCGCAUCCCCCUACACCAAGCGACCCCUGCUCUACUUCCAACCCGCAACCGAAUCCACCCCGGACCGCGUCCUCAUCCAGUACGCCCGCCGCUACUUCACUGGGUUCCAGGCCCAGCCCCGCUCCGCGGACAUCCCGCCGAUCACCGAAGCGCAGGCCGAGGCCCUGGACGCCUUGCACUUCCUGGCCGAGCAACACAGCGCCGCGCUGGACUUCCAGAAGGGCGAUGUGCAGUACAUCAACAACCUGAGCAUUUUCCACGCUCGGAACGGGUUCCGAGAUGAGCCGGGGAAGGAACGCCAUUUGCUGCGAUUGUGGCUGCGCGAUCCGGAACACGCGUGGGAGACGCCCGAGCCGCUGCAGAAGCGAUGGGAUAUCGUCUACAAGGAUGUGCGGGUCGAGGAGCAGGUGUUUCCGCUGGAUCCGCGGUUGCGGAAGACGGUAGGCGCCUGA